GAGCGGGGCCAUCCCUGUCCGGUACCGGAGGCGGCCUCACAGCUCCCGGUGCCCUUCUCAGCCCGGCCGGGCCGCGGGAGGGGACGCGCGGUUCUGGGAGAGUCUCUCAAGGUGGAGCUGCAACUCCCGUUUGUUCCCCAAGUUCACACUGACGCCUAAGGCCCAGCCUGACUUCUCUUCGUCUCUGCAAAAUUACUGAAUCAUGGCAAGCCAACAAAGAGCUUACUUCUGGGAACCUCCAAAGAACAUUGAAGAAUUCUUAAGGCUCCACAACUGGGAUUAUUGGCCAGAGGAAAUCAUCUUUGGAGAUCAAGAUAAAUGGGCAUACAUACUGAAGAAAAUAAAAGAAGAUAGUUCAUUUGCUUCAAUUUAUACACACCUAUGGGAAAAUGUCCCUCGAAGACAUGGUGCAGUCAGGAUCAUGGAGGCAAGAUUAGAGGAAUGUUCAAUUCUUUUGAAAAACCAUGCCUCUAAAAUUCUUGAGUGGGAAAAUAUAAUUUCUAAGAAAGGUACUCCUGGAAAAUUGGAAAAAUAUGAGGCAUUUCUAAAGAAUCACCAUAAGAAAAAGAUGAUAAUGCUUUCCGAUGAAAUGGAAACAGCGAAGAAUAUAGAGGGUUGCAUCUUUGAAGGAUUCAAAACAAAUGAGCUUUCUCAACUACCCAGACACUUGGAUGCUGAACGAAUUUAUCUCUUUGUUUUAAAAGCCCAUAACUUUGAUGAAAAACUUUUUAAACUCUGGAGGAUUUAUUUUCUCUCAGAAGCCUCUAUUGCUGUUUUGCAUGAUUCCUUUUGGUGGUGGUUUCUCCAUAAAUUUAAGCCUGACAAAGAAAAUCAAGAUUUCUUGUUUGAUAGGAUUUCAGAAAGUUAUGUGACACUUUUCAUAAGCAUACCUCGAAGUAAAAAGGAUGCAUUCUUUCAGGUGUAUCCUGAUUGUUUGACACAAGCUAUCUAUGUAGCAUUCCAGGAAGCAUUUCCAGAAUCCACUGAUCUCUUUAAUGAUGAAUUUAAAGAAGAUCUAGGGAAUAACAUUUAUCUUUGGUUGUCAGGUUUGAAACCUCAAAAAGGUUUUUGGACCCAUUGGAAACUGAAAGACCUGACCACAACAACUAUACAUGGUACCAAGAAGGCACCUGCCAAAUCCGUAUACGAGAGAAUUAUAAGGAGUCAGGAACGCAUAAUGAAUACUAUAGACUUCAAUAUGACGAAAAUUUUUAAGAUCCCAUCAGGAUAUACAUUAUCCACAUCCAAGGACGAAUCAAGAAUAUUAAAACCAUCAGCAAAGUCCCAUUAUAAUAGCCCUGGUCCAGAGUUUAGCCGUGUGCUCUUCAAUAUUGGAGGUCACAGUCCACUGAUUUUAUAUUAUCUUAAGAUGCAUGAGCUAACAGGUAUUUACAACACCCUUAGGCGACCCAAGAUUAGGAUCACUGAAAUAUCAAAAGAACCAUCACCUGCUCCAACUUACCGUGAUAUUAUAAAGGAGGCAAACAGACAAUUUUCAAAGAACCAAAGGGACUUGAGGAUACUCCAAGCAAAGGCUACCAAGAAGCCUUUAGAGAUUGAAAAAGACUUUAAGAAGUUCCUACAUAAACUGCGGAAUGAAGCCAAGCUUGACAGAGAACUUCUGACAUCACUGUCAUCAUCAUCAUCAACAGAAGACUAUACCGUGGAUGAAGAAGAGCGCUGAGAG